AUGAGGAUGAGUUAUUUUGAUGUGGUGAUGAUAGUCUUAGUGUUGUUGUUCUUCUCUAGUCCAAUAACUGAGGCUAGAAAAUUGAUGGAAGUGAAGUCAGAUACCUUGGUUAUUAGUCCACCAACUGGAUCCAGCUCUGAAAGCAAGAUAUGGUACGGAAUGAAGCCCAAAGGACCCAUUCCUCCUUCUGGGCCCAGUAACAAACGUUCUCCUGAUCCUCCUUUACAAUUUCGAAUGAUGCCCAAGACAAUAUCUCAGACCAAAUCAGAGUUUUCUGCUCCUCCUCCUCAAUUUCCUCAUCCAUGGUAUAAUGUCAAGCCCAAAGAAAUUAGUAAUCCCCAAGGAGCCCCUCUUCCUCCAUCUGGGCCUAGUAAAGGUCAUAAUUCCAAUGGAGCGCCUCUUCCUCCAUCUGGGCCUAGUAAAGGUCAUAAUUCCAACGGAGCCCCUCUUCCUCCAUCUGGGCCUAGUAAAGGUCACAAUUCCAAUGGAGCCCCUCUUCCUCCAUCUGGGCCUAGUAAAGGUCAUAAUUCCAAUGGAGCCCCUCUUCCUCCAUCUGGGCCUAGUAAAGGUCAUAAUUCCAAUGGAGCCCCUCUUCCUCCAUCUGGGCCUAGUAAAGGUCAUAAUUCUGACUUGCCAACGUUUAAGCCCAAUGGAGCCCCUCUUCCUCCAUCUGGGCCUAGUAAAGGUCAUAAUUCCAAUGGAGCCCCUCUUCCUCCAUCUGGGCCUAGUAAAGGUCAUAAUUCCAAUGGAGCCCCUCUUCCUCCAUCUGGGCCUAGUAAAGGUCAUAAUUCUGACUUCCCAACGUUUAAGCCCAAAGGAGCUAUUCCUGAUCCACAAUGGUCUGAAAUGAAGAUCAAGGGCCCUGUUCCUCCAUCUGGGCCCAGUGACAAACGUUCUCCUGAUGGACCAGAGCAGAAGCCCAAUGGAGUUUCUAUUUCUCAAUCUGAGGAGAAAUGGUACGGAAUGAAGCCCAAAGGACCGAUUCCUCCUUCUGGGCCCAGUAACAAACGUUCUCCUGAUGCACCAGAGCCGAAGCUCAACACAUAA